UCUGGCCUGAGCAGAAGCUGAGAUGGCCGUCACCGAGCUCGUCAUCCUGGUGUUAGUGCUCAUGUUAGCGCUGGUCAGCGCGGAUACCGAGUGCCCUAAAAACGUGCAGAUCCCCAGGGGGGUGGUGCUGUUUCCUGACAAAUGCUGGUUGGGCAGCGUGCUGAGGUACAGCUGUCCUCCGGGGACCAGGGCGACCCCGGUGUCCUGGAGGGUGUGCGGGCCGGACGGCAGCUGGAGCGCGAUCAGACGGCCCGCGGCCUGUGUCUCGUACUACUGCAGUGGCCCCAUCACCCUCGAGAAUGGCUGGCUGGCCCCACGACAGACCCGCUACCGCGUCGGCGACGUCGUCCGGUUCCACUGCCAACCAGGUUACCUUCUCUACGGACCCCGCAACAUAACCUGCCUCUCCACUGGGAAGUGGAGUGCUCCCCCUGCUGUCUGCGAUUCUGGUGGCUCGGCGUGCGAGAACCCCGGCGUGCCCGCGGGGGGGCUGCGGGUGGGGGAUCACUUCGGAAGGCACAGACAGGUCCGGUACACCUGCUACAACGGCCUGCUCAUGCGGGGGCCCAAACUCAGGACAUGCCUGCAAGACGGGAGCUGGUCCGGGAUGCAGCCAGUGUGUGAAGGACCACAUGCCUACGACGGCCCGCAUGUAAUCGCGGAGUACUUCUCCCUGUCUGAACAGGCGCUGCUGAACCCAGAGCAAGACCUGCACCUUUACUUCAUUAUAAAGGCUUCCAGGAGCGUUGGGGCUGAAAACAUGGAAACGGCUUUGGAUUUUAUGUCCCGGCACAGCAGCCAGGUUGUGGACUUCUCCAGAAAGAGGAAGGCAGAACUGAUCAUCUUCGGCGAGUCGGCCAGGAGGGUGAAGUAUGACGAAGUCGAUCACCGUGACUAUGAAAAAUUCCUCAACGGCUCGGCCGUCAAUACGGGAGCAGCCCUGCAGCUGGUGCUGAGCCUCAUAGAGACUAACCUGAACGUCAGCACCCGAGAGCCGCCAGCCAAGAACAUCCUCAUCCUCAUCACAGACGGACGUCACAACAUGGGCUCAAGCCCAUCCAGUGUUAUUCAUAAAAUGACCAACACUGUUCCCAAGCCGGACGCCAACUUGGCAGAAGAGAUAGGUACCUCGACAGUGAAAUUGGAAGAGCGACCGCCCCAAAUGAUGUUCAGUCAUGCGUUUCCAGAGAUCUUCGUGAUCGGCAUUGGCGGAGCCGCGGAAAGAGACAGCCUGGAUACGAUAGCAUCUCAGAGGGCAGAACCCAGAGCUUUCUACCUCCCAGACUACGACGGGUUGAGCCAGAUCGAGGACAAAGUGCCGGAGGAUGCCUGCGGAGUGAGGGGCCACAGAGAAAGCGGGUUCGAGAGGGUCUUCAGAGGGAGGAACUCGGCAGACCAUCAGUGGCCCUGGCAGGCUGCAGUGCUCUACAACGGUCUUUUCAUUGCGGGCGGGAGCAUCAUCUCCAGACAGUGGGUGCUGACAGCCGCGCACGUGCUAUUCGGCGGAGAACACCCCGGAAAUUUCUCUGUACUCACAGGUGUGAGACACAGGACGAGGGACAAGUCGCCGGUGGGGAUCAUGAAAGUGGAAAAAUAUUUCAUACAUCAGGAUUUCAGUGAAACGCAAUUUCGCAAUGAUAUCGCUUUACUCAGACUGGAGGAGAAGCUGGACUUCAGCAGCAAGAUAAGACCUGUGUGUCUCCCCUGCACAGCUGCUCUCUCUCACAUCCUGCCUCUUCCCUCCCAAAACUGGACUUCACGCUGUCUUUAUCAAGAUCUCAUUCUCACCGGCCGCGGCGGCGAGGAUCAGCGCACCGUGAGCGGCGUCGUGACCGGAUGGGGGCUCAGUGGUAAAAAACACAUUCUGGAAACCAACUUGAAACAUGGAAAUAUUUUGAUAAAGCAACGGCAGCAGUGCAGAAAGGAGUCAGAAGCCAUCAAGGUGCCACUAACUGAAGAGAAGUUCUGUGCCAGAGGAGAUGAUGGUGUGGACGCCUGCAAAGCUGAUUCCGGUGGUCCAUUUGUCAUUAAGAGGAGCAGACGCUGGAUUCAGAUCGGGAUCGUCAGCUACGGCACAUCCAGUGUCUGCCAGAACGGCACCAUGGGCUUCUACGCCAACGUGGCCAAGCUCAUGCCUUGGAUCAGGGAAAUCGUGGGCCAGGACAUGAGAUUCACCUGAGAGCGUGAGGCCCGUCCUGGAUGCCGACCCACCCCUCUCCCUCUACAGCCCACCCCCCACAAACCACCUGUCAAUAACAGAUCAAUAUCAGCCGGCCAGCACAGCCAGCAAUAUUCAUAAAUAAAGAUGUUCUCGCACCAUGAA